AUUCUCUCUCUUCUGGCUGUUAUUUGUGAAGAAGUUGUGGAGGAUUGUAUCAAGUGUGGUGGACUUUACUUCUUUGAAUUCACAAGCUGCAGUGCCUUUCUUUUGACCCUCCUGAUCCCAUGUGUGUAUUGCACUGAUGUAUAUGAAACAUUUGGGGAAGAUAAAGUACAGAGAGUGAAUUUUUGGGCCAUGCCAACCAUAGGCGUCUUUUUUCUGUUAGCGUCAAUAGUGCUUGCCGCGACCAGCGCUGGGUCUGCUGUUGAAAAAGCUGCAUGUACAUUUGGAUUUCUUGCAAGUGCUGCCUUUUUAUCUGAAACUAUGAUAGAGUAUUUUCACAGUCGGAAACAAAACAUAAACAGACGCUCUGAAAAUCCUGGCAACACUCAGUGCGCCACGGAAGAUCAGCCACUGAAUAAACAAAGCUAA